AUAGGACCUUUCACUCAGUACUUUGUGAGCCCUUGGAGCAAAGAGUGAUAUAACAGUGUAACAGUGUGUUUGUCUUGUGUUAUCAAAAUGCGUUUGUUGUCGAUUCUAGUUUGUGUGGCAUUAGUUUCAAUAGCCCACGCGAAACUAUAUCAUAAAUACCCAAAACCGAAGUUGAAUUACAUACAACUAUACAACUCCCAUAAUUAUAAAUACAAGCCCUUACUACCUGAGGAAAGAAGAAGACUGGCGUUGUUUCCAAAGAAUCCUAUGAGGUACAUGGUAUCACUGGAACCAACGGACAAUGAUCCCAAGCCAUACUUGGAAAAGAAGAAACCGCUGAUGAAAAAAUUUGAGCAAAUGAUCACGGAUAAUGAAAUAAAACGAACAAAACAGGAAGAUAUUCUUGAAGAAGCUGAUAUAGUACAAAAACCAAUUGUAGAGGUGGAUGUAAUCAAAGAAGUCAGUAUUGAAAUUGUAGAAGAUAAGCCAGAUGAAAGUGAAUCUCAACAUACUGCCAGUGAACCAAGUGUCGUAAUUGAAUCGGAAGCCCCAAAAGACAAUAAUGAUAAAGAAAUUAUUGUUCAGUUAGAAGAAAUUAUAUUGCCACCAAAAACUGAACUUGCAACGAUGAUAGAAAAUGACAACGGUGGAGAGUUACCAAAUGGAGAAGAAACAGAUAAAUAUUCAAGUGAAAACGAAGUAGUUGGUGUAACAGAAAAGGACAAUGUUAGCAACGAAGACAGUGAAAUCCAAAAACAUGUCAAUGUAACGCAAGGUAAACUAAGUGAUACAAUUGAAUCAAUAGACAACAGUGAUAAAGAAAUUAUUGUUCAGUUACAAGACAUUAUAUUGCCACCAAAAAGUGAACUUGAAGCUAGUAUAGAAACCAAAAAUGAUGAAGUUUUAUCAAAUGGAGAAGAAACAAAUAAAUAUUCAAGUGAAAACGAAGUAGUUGAUGUAACAGAAAAGGACAGUGUUAGCAAGGAAGACAGUGAAUUCCAAAAACAUGUCAAUGAAAUGCAAGAUGAACUAAGUGAUAUAAUUGAAUCUGUAGUCUCAUUAGACAACAGUGAUAAAGAAAUCAUUAUUCAGGUGGAAGAUAUUAUUUUGCCACCAAAAACUGAACUUGAAGCUAGUGUAGAAACCAAAGAUGAUGAAGAAAAGGAAAAUGUUAGCCAAGAACCAGGUGAACUAAGUGAUAUAACAAAAUCUGAAGACGUACUAGACAAAGAAAUUAUUAUUCAGCUAGAAGAUAUUAUAUUACCACCAAACAUUGAAGUUGAAGCUAUACUAGAAAAUAAAAGUGGUGAAAUGUUAUCAGAUGCUGAAGACACAAAUAGAGUUGAUGAUGCAACUGAAAAGAGCAACCAAGAAAGUGAGUUCCAAAAACUUGUCAAUGAAAAGCAAGAUGGACCAAGUGAUAUAAUUGAAUCUGGAAUCCCAAUAGACAACAGUGAUAAAGAAAUUAUUAUUCAGGUGGAAGAUAUUAUUUUGCCACCAAAAACUGAACUUGAAGCUAGUAUAGAACCCCAAAAUGAAGUUUUGCUAAAUGGAAAAGAAACAGAUAAAUAUUCAAGCGAAAACGAAGUUGGCGAUAUAACAGAAAAGGAAAAUAUUAGCAACGAAGACAGUGAAUUCCAAAAACAUGACAAUGAAAUGCAAGAUGUACUAAGUGAUAUAAUUGAAUCUGUAGUCUCAUCAAACAAUAUUGAUAAAGAAAUCAUUAUUGAGGUGGAAGAUAUUAUAUUGCCACCAAAAACUGAACUUGAAGCUAAUUUAGAAACCAAAAAUGAUGAAGUUUUACCAAAUGGAGAAAAAACUCAAAAUGUUAGCAAUGAAGAAAGGGAUUUCCAAAAUGAUGUCAGUACAGAACAAGGUGAACUAAGUGAUACAAUAAAAUCUGAAGACGCAAUAGACAAGGAAAUUAUUGUUCAGUUAGAAGAUAUUAUAUUGCCUCUUGAACUUGAAGCUAUGGUAGAAAAUAAAAGUGAUGAAGUGUUACUAGAUGCUGAAGACAACAAAGAAAGUGAAUUCGAAAAACAUGUCAAUGAAAUGCAAGAUGUACUAAGUGAUAUAAUUGAAUCUGUAGUCUCAUUAGACAACAGUGAUAAAGAAAUUAUUAUUCAGGUGGAAGAUAUUAUUUUGCCACCAAAAACUGAACUUGAAGCUAGUAUAGAAACUAAAAAUGAUGAAGUUUUACCAAAUGAAGAAAUAACAAAUAAAGAUUCAAGUGAAAACAAAGAAGACUAUGUAAUAGAUAAAGAUAAUAUUAGCAACGUAGAAAGCGAAUUCCAAAAUGAUGCCCGUGAAGAACAAGGUGAACUACGUGAUGUAAUAGAAUCUGGAGCUCCAUUAGACAAAAGUGAUAAAGAAUUGAUUGCUCAAUUGGAAGAUAUUGUAUUGCUGCCAAAAACUGAACUUAACGCCAGUGUAGAAAACAAAACGGGUGAAGUUUUACCAGACGUUAAAGAAACAAAAGAAAGCGAAUCUAACGAUGAUCCCAGAGAAAAGCAAGAUGAAUUAAACAAUGUAAUUGAAUCUGAACUCCCAAUAGACAAUAACGAUAACGAAAAAGCUGUUCAGUUGGCAGAUAUCAUAUUGCCACCAAAUAAUAAGCUUGAAGCUAUGAUGGCAGAAAAUAAAAAUGAUGAAGUCUUACCAGACGUAAAAGAAACAAUAGAAAGCGGAUCCCACGUAGAUCCCAGAGAAAAACAAGAUGAAUUAAAUAAUAUAGUUGAAUCUGAAGUCCCAAUAGACAAUAACGAUAACGAAAAAGCUGUUCAGUUGGCAGAUAUCAUAUUGCCACCAAAUAAUAAGCUUGAAGCUAUGAUGGCAGAAAAUAAAAAUGAUGAAGUCUUACCAGACGCAAAAGAAACAAUAGAAAGCGAAUCUAACGAUGAUCCCAGAGAAAAACAAGAUGAAUUAAAUAAUAUAGUUGAAUCUGAAGUCCCAAUAGACAAUAACGAUAACGAAAAAGCUGUUCAGUUAGCAGAUAUUGUAUUGCCACUAAAAAUUGAACUUGAUGGUAGUGCAGAAAACAUAAAUAGUGAAGUUUUACAAGAUAUAGAAGAAACAAAUAAAUAUUCAAGUGAAAACGAAGUAGGCGAUGUAACGGAAAAGGAUAAUGUUAGAAACGAAGAAAAAGAAUUCAACCAAAAUGAACUAAAUAAUAUAGUUGAAUCUGAAGCCCCAUUAGACAAUAGCAAUUACGAAAAAGUUGUUCAAUUGGCUGAUAUUAUAUUGCCACCAAAAACUGAAAUUGAAGUCAGUGAAGAAGAUAAAAGGGGCGAAGUUUUACCAGACGUAGAAGAAAUAAAUAAAAGUUUAAAUGUGAACGAUGUAGGUAAUGUGUCAGAAAAGGCCAAUGUUGGCAACGAAGAAAGUGAAUUCCAAAAUGGUGAACUAAACGAUAUAAUUGAAUCUGAAGCCCCAAGAGACAAUAAUAACAAAGAAAUUAUUGUUCAGUUGGCAGAUAUUAUAUUGCCACCAAAAUCUGAAUUUGACAGUAGUGCAGAUAAUAAAAAUGGUAAAGUUUUACCAGCCGUAGAAGAAGCACAUAAAAGUCUAAAUGAAAGCGAAGUAGACGAGGAAAAUAAAAGGGAGGAAGUUUUACCAAACGUGGAAGAAACAAAAGAAAGUGAAUUCCAAAAUGAUGCCAGAGGAAGCCUAGAUGAACUAAAUAAUAUAGUAGAAUCUGAAGCCCCAUUAAACAAUAAUAAUGACGAAAAUACUGUUCAGUUAGCAGAUAUUGUAUUGCCACCAAAUACUGAACUUGACGGUAAUGCAGAAAAUAAAAAUGAUGAAGUUUUACUUGAUUUAGAAGAAAGAAAUGAAAAUUUAAGUAAAAACCAAGUAGAUGAUGAAACAGAAAAGGAUACUGUUAAUAAAGAAAGCGAAUCUCAAAACGAAUCCAGAAAAAAUCAAGACGAACUAAAUAAUAUAAUUAACUCUGAAGUCCCAUUAGAUAAUAGCAAUAACGAAAAUACGAUUCAGUUGGCAGAUACUUUCUUGCCACUAAAAAUAGAACUUGAAAGAGGUGUAGAAAGCACAAGUAGUGAAGUUUUACCUGUGAAUGAAAAUUUUGAAGAAACAAACAAAAGUUUAAAUGAAAAUGAAGUAAGUGAUGUGACAGAAAAGGCCAAUGUUAGCAACGAAGAAAAUGAAUUCCAAAAUGACGCCAGUAAAGAACAGAGUGAACUUAGUGAUGUAAUUAAAUCUGAAGCCCCAAGAGACAAUAAUGACAAAGAAAUGACUGUUCAGUUAGCAGAUAUUAUAUUGCCACCAAAAUCUGAAUUUGAUAGUAGUGCAGAAAAUAAAAAUGCUAAAGAUUUACUAGAUGUAGAAGAACCAAAUGAAAGUCUAAAUGAAAGUGAAGUAGACGACAAAAACAAAAUGGGGGAAGUUUUACCAGACGCGGAAGAAACAAAAGAAAGCGAAUUCCAAAAUGAUGCCCGAGAAGAUGUACUAAGUAAUAUGAUUGAAUCUGAAGCUCCAUUAGACAAUAGUAAUUACGAAAAUACUAUUCAGUUAGCAGAUAUUGUAUUGCCCCUAAAAAUUGAACUUGAAGGUGGUGUAGAAAGCACAAGUAGUGAAGUUUUACCUGUAGAUGUAGAAGAAACAAAUAAAUAUUCAAGUGAAAGCGAAGUAAACGAAGGGGAUUUAACAGAAAAGGAUAAUGUUAGAAACGAAGAAAGCGGAUUCCAAAAUGAUGCCAGAGGAAGCCAAGAUGAACUGAAUGAUAUAAUUGAAUCUGAAGCCCCAUUAAACAAUAGUAAUUACGAAAAUACUGUUCAGUUGGCAGAUAUUAUAUUGCCACCAAAAACUGAACUUGAAGUCAGUGAAGAAAACAUAAAUGUUGAAGUUUUACCAAAUGAAACAAAUAAAAGCGAAGUAGAUGAUGCAGCUGAAAAAGAAAAUGUAAGCAAGGAAGAAAGUGCCCAAAAAAUAGAUGAUAGUGAUAGAGAAAAUACGGUUCAGUUGUCAGAUAAUAUAUUGCCACCAAAAAGAGAACUUGAAGGUGGUGUAGAAAGCAUAAGUAACGAAGUUUUACCUGUGAAUGAAGAUGUAAAAGAAACAAAUAAAAGUUUUAAUGUAAACGAACUCGGUGAUGUGACAGAAAAGGUCAAUGUCAACAACGAAGAAAGUGAAUUCCAAAAUGAUGUCGGUAAAGAACAGAGUGAACUUAGUGAUAUGAUUGAAUCUGAAUCCCCAAGAGACAAUAAUGACAAAGAAAUGACUGUUCAGUUAGCAGAUAUUAUAUUGCCACCUAAAACAGAACUUGAAGGUAAUUUAGAAAGCACAAGUGGUGAAGUUUUACCACAUGUAGAAGAAACAUAUAAAAGCGAAGUAGACGACGCAGUUGAAAAGGACAAUGUUAGCAACGAAGAAACUAUCCAAAAAGUAGAUGAUAGUGAGAAAGAAAAUACGAUUCAGUUGGUAGAUAUUAUAUUGCCACCAAAAACAGAGCUUGAAAAUGGUGUAGAAAACACAAGUGGUGAAGUUUUACCAAAUGUAGAAGAAACAAAUAAAAGCGAAGUUAAUGACGCAGCUGAAAAAGACCAUGUUAGCAACGAAGAAGUUUUCCAGAAAAUAGAUAAUAGUGAUAAAGAAAAUACUGUUCAGCUGGCAGACCUGAUAUUGCCACCGAAAUCUGAACUUAAAGUAAGUGAAGAAAACAUAAGCGGUGAAGUUUUACCAGAUGUAGAAGAAACAAAUAAAAGCGAAGUUAAUGACGCAGCUGAAAAGGUCAAUGUUAACAAUGAAGAAAGUAUACAGAAAAUAGAUAAUAGUGAUAAAGAAAAUACGGUUCAGUUAGCAGAUAUUAUAUUGCCACCAAAAACUGAAUUUGACGCUAGUGUAGAAAAGGAAAAUGGUGAAGCUUUACCAGAUAUAGAAGAAACAAAUAAAAGCUCAAGUGAAAACGAAGGAGAUGACAUAACCAAUAAAGCAAUUGAAAAGGAUGAUGUUAUCAACAAAGAAAGUAUUAAAAAAAUAGAUGAUAGUGAUAAAGAAAAUACUGUUCGGCUGGCAGACCUGAUAUUCCCACCAAAAUCUGAACUUAAAGUAAGUGAAGAAAACAAAAGCGUUGAAGUUUUACCAGAUGUAGAAGAAACAAAUAAAAGCGAAGUUAAUGACGCAGCUGAAAUGGUCAAUGUUAACAAUGAAGAAAGUAUCCAGAAAAUAGAUAAUAGUGAGAAAGAAAAUACGCUUCAGUUGGCAGAUAUUAUAUUGCCACCAAAAACAGAGCUUAAAAAUGGUGUAGAAAACACAAGUGGUGAAGUUUUACCAAAUGUAGAAGAAACAAAUAAAAGCGAAGUAGAUGAUACAGCUGAGAAGGACAAGGUCAACAAUGAAGAAACUAUCCAAAAAAUAGAUAAUAGUGAUAACGAAAAUACUGUUCAGUUGGUAGAUAUUAUAUUGCCACCAAAAACAGAGCUUGAAAAUGGUGUAGAAAGCACAAGUGGUGAAGUUUUACCACAUGUAGAAGAAACAAAUAAAAGCGAAGUAAACGACGCAGCUGAAAAGGACAAUGUUAGCAACGAAGAAAGUAUCCAAAAAAUAGAUAACAGUGAUAAAGAAAAUACGGUUCAGUUGACAGAUAUUAUAUUGCCACCAAAAAGAGAACUUGAAGGUAGUGUAGAAAGCACAAGUGGUGAAGUUUUACCUGUGAAUGAAGAUAUAAAAGAAACAAAUAAAAGUUUUAAUGAAAAUAAAGUAGAUGAUGUGACAGAAAAGGCCAAUGUUAGCAACGAAGAAAGUGAAUUCCAAAAUGAUGCCAGUAAAGAACAGGGUGAUAUAAAAGAUACUGUUCAGUUGGCAGAUAUUAUAUUGCCACCAAAAACUGAAUUUGACGCUAGUGCCGAAAACAAAAAUGGCGAAGCUUUACCAGAUAUAGAAAAAACAAAUAAAAGCUCAAGUGAAAACGAAGGAGAUGACGUAAUCGAAAAAGCAAUUGGAGAAGAAAAUGUUAGCAAUGAGGAACCAGAAGAGUUUGUUACUACAGAAACUUAUAUGGAACCAGUGAUCUAUAGGAAGAAAAGAGGCAUCAAUAUAAUUGAAGAGGAAAAUGUUUCACCGACUGUGGCUGGAUUCAAGUAUAAUGUGAAGGAUAGGAGACUGAACAACCACUUGGCUUAUAAUAAUAUUAAUUCGUGAAUAUUUUUUAAGGUUUAUUUAGGGAUUUAAAUGACAUUAUGUAUUGUAUUGUAUAGAGUUUUUUUUACUAGUAUUGUUGAUAUGUUUGUAUGAUGUGAUUGUAUAAUGUAAUUAUAAAGGUAUCAUUAUUAUUAUUUAUUAUAAGUGUGUAAAACGACUGUACAGUGAGAAAAUAUAAAUAAAACAAUUAAAGUUAAAAAGUAUAAUUAUUUAUUGACGUUCACUACGAAAAACUUACAUUUACAGGCACCUAAAAUGUACAUCCUUAUCCUAGGUACAACAUAAUGGCAAAUAAUCAAUUCUCCACGUGUUUUUGUUACACAAUAACAUCUCAAUGAUCACACAAACGAGAACGAAACAUAAAUAAAAUGUAACCUAAGGCAAGACAGAGACAUACCGGCUGGUAACUAUCUUUCACACCAAAGUUAAUGGACACAUACAAUUGUUUACACGCUACCAUUUCUAGUAUACUCGCUUCACUAUACAAAUUUUGAGGCACUAUUCGUAAACAGCUAAGAAACAAAUCACUUGUUCUAAUAAAA